AUGCUACAGGAUGUAAACGAUCAUCCGCCAAAAUUCUCGCAAUCAUCUUCGACUUGUGGAUGGCGGAGGAAUGCUCCCGGCAGGCACCUUGUUGGCACAAUAGUCGCCACGGCGGAUCCUGAUAGAGCAGUCCAACUCUCAUCGGCAAUUGCCGUUCGUGUCCAUGUCUCUGAUGCCAAUGAUCAUCCACCAACAUUGCGAUCAUCAGUUCUCUUGAUUAAUCGUUUCUUAGAUGGACCGAUUAUUGAGAAGAUUGGAUCGGUCCCGGCACCUGAUCCUGAUCAAAAUGCGACUCUGGAGUACUCGAUUGAGUCAAACGAUUUAAUGAUCGUUGAUCGAUAUUCAGGAAAAAUCUCACUCAAAGGCUCGUGGAAGCGAAAUAUUGAUACAAUUUUGAAAGCAUGCGUUAGUGAUGGAGUAAACACAGUGUGCAACCCACGUUUUCAAGAGAUUCAGACAAUCAAUCGCUUCUCUCUCGAUGUGGGCGGAGAACUCGGUGAUUGUCAUGUCAAUAAAAAAGGAUCGAAUGUAUCAACGGAGAUCUCAUUUGUGAUUUUGGAUCGAGGGAGAAUUGUUAGCAGCACAACAGUCUCUGAGUUGAUCUCUGGCUUCUUUCACAAACUCUCCUCACUUAGUCUCCUUGACAUUCGAAUUUUCGAUUCGGAUUCAUGUUCGAAUGAACCCUGUUCGUAUUAUCAACGAUGUCGAGAUACGCUGAAGUUUGUGGGGAAUGAGUUUCACCAAACCGACAACUUUUUGGCGCACUCGUUGAAGACAUUAAAGACGCACGUCUGUGAAUGCCCGCCUGGAUUCGCAAGUUCUUCCGAUAAAGCCGAUAAAUGCGAUAUUCGAGUUGAUGAGUGUUUUUCGGGACCGUGCCAGCACAAUGGAAGCUGUUUCCCGCUUGAGAAUGGGUAUCGAUGUGAAUGUGAGAAUGGAUGGAUUGGAAAACACUGCGAGAUUUCGACAAAUGUAGCAAACUGCCUUCCGGGAUAUUGUAAAGAUGGGGCAACUUGUGAAGUGACAAAUGAGCAUAAAAUGAAAUGCACAAAGUGUCGACAUUCAGCGAUUGAUAGUGAUGAAAGAUGUCGUCUCAGAUCGGUACACUUUGGAGGUGAAUCACUGCUACGGAUCAAUGAAAACCCAAGCAGAAUCGAUUGGACAUUGAAGAUCAGUUUUGCCACCAUUUCCCGAGCCGGCACGAUCCUUUUUGUCGGGGAUCGACGAACCGAUUUCCUUGAGUUGUCGAUCGAGAAUCGGAUUUUGAGAGCCGAAUUUGGGCUUGGCGGUCAAACGAAACUCGUUGAAUUGAGCGACGAGAAAGAGAAUCGAAUAAAUGACGGACAUUGGCACACAGCGACCAUCACUUAUUUCGAGAGGACGUUGACUCUUUGGUUGGAUGAUUGCGAUCCGUUUGUCUCUCGUUUAGCGGCUGGAUCACCGAAUUGCGCGACUCAGGCCACCAUUGAACUACCAGCAAAAUGCCUCGAUCCAUCCAUUCAAUGCCAUCGCUUUUUCGACUCUCAAUCCGGCCUCUCUCUCGGCGGUCGACCCAACAAAAGCCGCCAGGUAGAGAAUGGAUUUAAUGGAUGCUUAUCAAAUUUCACGCUUGAUUCCACGUUGAUCGACUUUUCGAAUCUGCAAGAUUUCGAGAAGAUUGGGAAAGUUGAUGAGGGUUGUGGUCCAAAGCGUGACUUUUGUCGUGAAUCUUCCUGUGGACAUGGGGCACAUUGUGUGAAUAGAUGGAUGGGUCAUAAUUGUCGAUGUGCGAAUGGUUACAAUCACCAAAUCGGUGAUUGUCACGGGGAAAAGUCGAGAUUGAGGCAGAUCACAUUGGGUGAAGAGGAAUCGUUUCAAACUUGGAAGGUGCCCUCAAUGGCGUCGAUUCCAUUCAGUGUGUCGCUUGAGUUCCGCACGAUUCGCGAUGACACUCAGAUUUUCGCGAUUGAAUUCGAUGACAAGAAUCUGUUCUAUAUUCUGGCGCUAGAAGAUGGCCUAUUGAAAUCAAUGAUUGGCUACUCAGCGCAAAACAUCCCGUGCCCUGAUGCAGCCAGAGGACAUUGGACAAAGAUCGAAGUCGAAUUUAAAGCUGACGAGGUGACGACGAUCGUCGAUGGAAUCUACUCGAUGACACAAUCGUUGCGCUUGGGUACUCGAGGAAAUCAGGAAAUGACGUCAUUCUAUUCGGGAAUCGCUCCCUCAUCCUCACAUCCAUCCCGUUUCGAGGGAUGCUUGAAAGAGAUUCAACUAAAUGGUGUUCACCUUAAAACGAAACAAUCUGGAAAGGUUCGACAGGGUUGCGUCUCGACAAAGGGUUGCCAAGCUGGUUCAUGCCCAGAGAACUCUGUGUGCCGACCACUUUGGGAAGGACACAAAUGUGAAUGUGAAACGGGAUUCGCUGGAGCCUCGUGCGAUCCGAUUUGCUCACUGAAAGGUGUUUGUUCGGGUGGAAUAUGUCAACAAACAAACACCACAAAGGGAUACGAAUGUCAUUGUACAACAGGCUACGGUACACCAAAUUGCGAUCACUUGGCACCGUUACGUGUUUGCCCACGGGGUUGGUGGGGAAGAUUUGGAGAAUGUCGUCGAUGUGAUUGCUCACAAUAUAUGGGUUUCAUCGAUCAAUGCCAUCCGCUAACUGGUCAAUGCUUGUGCCCAAAAGCCUUCUGGGAGCUGGGAGGACGAUGCAUUGGAUGCGAGUGCGGAUUGGGUGCAACAUCGGAAGAGUGCGAUGCGAAGGGACAAUGUCCGUGUGCUGGAGAAGCGAUGGGAAGGCGAUGUGAUCGAUGCGAGAGUGACACACAAGUUCUCGACCCAAAAUCGCUGCGUUGUUUAUCGUUGCGUGGGCGAUGUCCUUCUAACAAAGACGGCGGUAUUCAAUGGCCGACAACGUUGAGUGGCGGUGAAGCAAAGCAAUCUUGCGCGAAUAAUGAGACCGGUUUGGCAACCCGAAAAUGCGGCGAGAACGCAAAAUGGCAAACGGUGGAGAGCUGGAAUUGCACGACGAAAGAGUUUUCCACGAUCAUCACAAAGGUCUCAAGUUUAAGCCCACAAGACAUCGUGAGCGCCGUCUACAAUGCGUCGCGUGAUGAGACAGUUUUAAAGGGUCGAAGCCUUGAAAUCGGUCGUUUGGUGCUCGAAAAAGUGCUCGAGGGAGAGAUCGCUGAGCACGCUGCCACCCAUAUUCAUGAUCACGAUUUCACACGGAAAUUGAUCGACUCAGUGGCGCAGAUCCUACCCCGAGAAUCACCGGCUCAAUCCGUGCUGCUUGGCGCGAGAUUGGCCGAGCUUGGGAAAGCACUCUUGCAUCUUCAUCAAAAUCGACCCUAUCUUCAACCAUUCGCUGUUCAAUCCGAGAAUAUCUCUUGUCUUUUCGAUAAACCUGGUCUCUACACAAUUCUCAUGAAAGUCGAUAAUGGAGUUCUAAUCCGUCUCACGAUGGCCACCUCGCCUGUUGCCCCGCUGUCAGCCGUUUCCGCUCUCCUCGUGCUUUCCUUGGCUCUCCUCUCAUUCUAUGCGUGUGCCACCUGUCUCAUCAUAUCAAGAGACAAGCAUUUUGAGGUCGUUGUGGUGAAGUUCGCGCUACGAAAAGCUUUAUGCCAACAUUUUCUUCUGACAGCCCUUACAAUCGUCUACACGAUUGGGGCAUUGAUUCUGCCAUCAACCUCAUGGUUAUCCAUAGCUUUAUCCGAAGUGAUCACCUCGAUUCUCCUCCUUUUAACUUCACUCUAUAUUCUCAUUUGGUCGUGCGCUUUUGGAAGAUCGGAGUCUCAAUCGGAUCGCGUGGAAACGUUAUGGGUUCGUGGAGAUCCGCCAAAAAGUGGUGUCAUCGAUCACGAGUGUACCUCUCCAUUGCUCUAUCCAGAUGAAGAUCACGGCAGUGGCCCGGGCGGCAGUGUUGGUUGGGUGUCCGGUUCAUCGGAUCGUGUCCCAUCUGAUCCUGUAGUAAUGCCGAGGCCAAUGGGUGGAUUGUCAUUGCGAGAGAACCCACUUGUUCCAUCAAUUCUCUCACCAGCUAACAAAAUCCUCCGAACCGGGGAAACAGUAGAAUAUGCGAAUCCCCGGAGUUUAUCACGUUUCGCAAAAUAUGAGGACGAGAUGGACGACGCUUACUACACGUAUCAACGCCGGAAACAACUCGGAACAACUUUUUAUCGA